CCUGAAUGUCUUUGGUGAAGUGGGAUAUUUUCUUAAUAAUAGAGAAAAGCAGGAACACAAAUUGGAAGUUAAACAAACACAAAUAAAACAUUGCACUAUAGAGCCAAAGAGAGCACUUACGCGUAUCUGAAAGGCUCGGAAGCUAGGUGAGAUUCUGGCCGAGGAACAGAUCUUUCUCACCGGGUAUGAAUUAUACAGUGAUGCCAACAGCAGUUAUGCUGCCUUAUAGAAGAGGAAACGGGGUUGGAAACUGCUGUAUAUCUGUAAUUUAACAGUUAGCCUUGCAGCAUAGCGUAGUGGUUAAGAGCACAGACUAGAGAGCCAAAUUGCCUGUGGCUUGGAUUUGAAUCAUGGCUUCACCACUUACUAGCUGUGAAUCUGUGUGUCUUAGUUUUUUAUCUGUAAGAUGUGAGUAAUAGUAGUGUGUACCUCAGAGUGUUCUUGUGAAGUUUAGUGACUUAAUUCUAUGUAUGCAAAGCAUUUAGAACAGUACCUCGCACAUAAUGAACAGUAUUUGUUUGCUGUUAUUAUUACCAUCAUUAUUUAUUGGUUUUAGACUUUUGGGAGUGAGUGGACAAAUAGAUGAAGGACCCUGGACCCACCCUUGCCAGCCUAAAAGAUAAUCCCUGCACCACUGGCCUCGUGACUGAACAGCAUCUCUAUUUUCUAUUUUGUACAUACAUUAUUUUGUAUAUACUGUAUAUGAUGACUUCGGUGACCAGUGACCGUUCCCGAGGUGCUCGGGAAAAACCACAGAUUUCAGCAACACAGGCAACACAACCACAGAAACAAGUAGUACAGGCAACAGCUGAACAGAUGCGUCUUGCUCAGGUGAUCUUUGAUAAGAAUGAUUCAGACUUUGAGGCUAAAGUUAAACAGCUUAUGGAAGUGACAGGAAAAAAUCAGGAUGAAUGCAUAGUGGCCCUACAUGACUGUAAUGGAGAUGUGAACAAAGCUAUCAAUAUAUUGCUGGAAGGCAAUUCAGAUACAACUUCAUGGGAGACUGUAGGGGGUAAGAAGAAGAAUUUUGGAAAAGAAAGUUCAGAAAAUAAAGAGAAUAGAGAGAAGAGAAGUGAGAGGGAAACGAAUCGUGGACGUGGAAGCAACAACAACCGAAAAGGAAGAGGUGGCAAUCGUGGCAGAGAGUUUAGGGGUGAAGAGAAUGGAAUCGAUUGCAAUCAAGGGGACAAGUCUUCAGAUCGUGGCAAGCGAGCCCAUAGUAGAGAACUGGCAUCAGAUACUCACAGUGUAGCUCAGGAUCUAUUAAACAAAAGUUCUUUUGGUCUCAGAGGGGCCUGGAAGAAUUCUGUGGAAGAGUGGACAACAGAAGACUGGACGGAAGAUCUUUCUGAAACAAAGGUCUUCACUGCUUCAUCUGUUCCAGCAGAGAAUCAUGUCAUGCCUGGGCAAAGCAUUGAUCUGGUAGCCUUGCUCCAGAAGCCUGCUCCUCCCAGUCAAGUCUCAGAAGUCAACUCCUUUGAAUCUUCCCAACAGCAGGGCUUUGGGCAAGCCCUUGUCUUCACAAAUUCUCAGCACAACAAUCAGAUGGCACCAGGGACUGGCAGCUCCAGUGCUGUCAACUCCUAUUCUACUCAGAGUCUGUCAUCCGUCCUUGGUUCCGGAUUUGGAGAGCUUGCACCUUCAAAAACGGCCAACAUCACCAGCUCCCAGAUUUUGGACCAGUUGAAAGCUCCAGGCUUGGGCCAGUUCACCACCCAGAGUUCACAGCAGAAUAAUACAAGUGCCGCAACAACCACUUCUUCUUGGGACCUGAAGCCCACAUCAUCCCAGUCAUCAGUCCUUAGUCAUUUUGACUUCAAAUCUCAGCCUGAGCCAUCCCCGGUUCUUAGCCAGUUGAGCCAGCGACAGCAGCACCAGACCCAGGCAGUCACUAUUCCUCCUCCUGGGUUGGAGUCCUUUCCUGCCCAGGUAAAACUCCGAGAAUCAGCAUCCGGAGACAGUACCUCCACUGUGAACAAAAUUCUGCAGCUUCCCAGCAUGGCCGUUGAAAACAUCGCUGUGUCUGCCCACCAACCACAACCCAAACACAUCAAACUCCCUAAACGGCGGAUACCUCCUGCUUCUAAGAUCCCAGCAUCUGCGGUGGAAAUGCCUGGUUCAGCAGAUGUCACAGGAUUGAAUGUUCAGUUUGGCGCCCUGGAAUUUGGAUCAGAACCCUCUCUCUCUGAGUUUGGAUCAGCUCCAAGCAGUGAAAAUAGCAAUCAGAUUCCCAUCAGCUUGUAUUCAAAGUCUUUAAGUGAUCCUUUGAAUACCUCUUUACCAAUGACUAGCGCGGUACAGGACUCCACCUAUACAACUUCUGUCAUUACUUCCUCCAGUCUGACCAGCUCAUCCCUGAGCUCCACUAGUCCAGUGACAACGUCUUCCUCCUAUGACCAGAGUUCUGUGCACAGCAGGAUCGCAUACCAAAGCUCCCUGAGUCCAUCAGAGUCAGCUCCAGGAGCCGUCACGAAUGGACAUGGUGGUGGUCGAGGUCAGCAGACCCUAGACACUCCAAAGACAACAGACACUCCGUCCGCCCUGCCAUCUGCAGCCUCCCUGCCCAGCACCACCUCCUGCACUACGCUGCUAUCCUCCGCAUCCCAGCACACUGCCACUUUGCCCUCCUUGUCCCAGUCUGGUGACCUAUCCAGCGGCUCCCUCUCUCAGCUUAGCAGUUCACUCUCCAGCCAUCAGAGCAGCCUUUCCUCUGCGCACGCAGCACUCUCCUCGAGCACAUCACACACACAUGCCAGUGUGGAGAGCACCCCUUCCCUCCAGUCCUCGGCCACCUUCUCAACAGCAGCAACCUCUGCCUCGAGUGCCACCUCCUCAGGGGUCAGCCUCCCCAGCAGCAUGAACACCGUGAACAGCCUCUGCCUGGGUGGGACCACUGCGAGUGCACCCAGCAGCAGUACCAGGGCUGCGCCCUUAGUCACCUCAGGCAAAGCGCCCCCCAACCUGCCCCAGGGGGUGCCUCCAUUGCUGCACAACCAGUACCUCAUGGGCCCAGGAGGACUGCUUCCUGCCUACCCGAUUUAUGGCUAUGACGAGCUCCAGAUGCUGCAGUCACGGCUGCCGAUGGAUUACUAUGGAAUUCCCUUUGCUACGCCUACAGCGCUUGCCAGCCGAGAUGGGAGCCUAGCGAAUAAUCCGUAUUCAGGUGAUGUCACAAAGUUUGGCCGAGGUGACUCUGCAUCCCCUGUGCCCCCCACCACGCUGGCUCAGCCACAGCAGAGCCAAUCUCAGAGCCACCACACGGCCCAGCAGCCCUUUCUGAAUCCUGCGCUGCCACCCGGCUACAGCUACACUGGCCUCCCCUACUACACAGGCGUGCCCAGUGCCUUUCAGUAUGGGCCCACCAUGUUUGUCCCUCCAGCCUCAGCCAAGCAGCAUGGUGUGAACCUCAGCACGCCCACCACGCCUUUCCAGCAGGCGAGUGGUUAUGGCCAGCACAGCUACAGCACAGGUUAUGAUGACCUGACCCAGGGGACAGCAGCUGGUGACUACACCAAGGGUGGCUAUAGUGGAUCAUCACAGGCACAAAACAAGUCUACAGGUUCUGGGCCUGGCAAAGGAGUAUCAGUGUCCUCAAGCACCACUGGCCUACCUGAUAUGACUGGUUCUGUCUACAACAAGGCUCAGACUUUUGACAAGCAGGGAUUUCAUGCAGGGACUCCUCCACCAUUCAGCCUGCCCUCGGCCUUGGGCUCUACUGGGCCUCUGGCCCCUGGCACAGCCCCUGGCUAUGCGCCCCCACCGUUCUUGCACAUCCUGCCUGCCCACCAGCAGCCCCACUCACAGCUGCUACACCACCACCUUCCGCAGGAUGCCCAGAGCGGCUCCGGUCAGCGCAGUCAGCCCAGUUCCCUGCAGCCCAAGUCUCAAGGCUCGAAACCUGCCUACAGCAGCUCUCCUUACUGGACAAACUGAACCUUGAAGAACGGUGGGGCUGACCCCAGGCAGGAGAGAAUACACGGAGCCCGUAUCUGGGAGCCUAGCACCCUUCCCUAGAAUUCCUGAGACGUGUAACUAUGUUAGCCGAACCUCUGUGGGGAGCCUGCCUCCCAGACUCACUGUUGUAUGUAAUAUAUUUAUGUAUGUAUUUGUAAAUGUGAUAGAAGUCUUGGGGGAGCUGGGGUACGGGCUGCCGGUAGCUAGGCCUGCUGUCCCUCCUCAAGCCCAUUCUUUCUGUAGCAAAGUAAGCCCCCUUCCCUCUGCCCUCAGGCCUUCCACACAGCCCCCUGCCCACCCAGCUGCUAGGGGCAGUCUUUGGAAGGGCUGGUUCCAAGGCAGUUUGGGUGUUGGGGUCAGGUACCAGCGAAGAAUGACGACUUAAUGUCGCUCGCUUGUAAACAUUAUUUGAGGUUUUGCCCGUGUAUCCCUCUUUUUGAGAAAUUGGCCCUUGUGUCAUUUGUCAUGUUCCCCUUCCUGCCAAGUCUUGAUCUGGGAAUAACAGAAAUAGCCCCGUCUCAUGUAAAACUGGGCACCUUUUUGUCUUCAUAUAGAGCAGGGGCUUCUGCUUCUGGUCUAGUCUUGUCCUCAGAGACCUGCCUUUCUCUGGCUGCCCAUUUUUAAAAUAAUCUGAACUUGGGCUCAGAUGCUCAGUCAGCUCCCCUUUAAAAAAAAAAAAAAAUCAAAGAUCCGCUUCCAUCUCAGUGAGAGCACGUCUCCAUGCAAAGGCUCCUCUCUUCCAGUUGUCCUUAACCAGGUGGGCGACUGUUUCAGGGGUUUUCUCUUUUGCCCAGACUCCACCUAAUAAAGUUCUGAGAGCAUGCAUGGUCUCUGUGUGGUGACUGAGGGGUAGCUCAGGGCAGAGGCAGCCUUCAGUAUGGCUCCACGUACUGUACUUCUCCUGACAACAGCUAUAAAGUCUCGACUUCGUAUUCUUUUCUCUUGUCUUGGCCCCAGUCAGCGUCCAGGGAGUGAAAAGGUAAAUAAGGCUGAAAAGACAGCUAAACUUGACAGGGUAUAGACAGCGUUUAUCAAAGUUAACUUUGCUGUUCCUGCAACCCCUUCACAGAUGUAGGGAAAGGGUAGUCAAACACCAGGGCAGGGGAAUUUUUUUCUAAACCUCACCUGACUUUUAAAGUCUGAAGCAAAAAGCCAAGAAUUGAGAGCAGCGUUCUAGGCCUGAGAGAAUUAAGCAUGAACAGGCUCAGUGCUACCUGGUUAACGUGUCUAUCCUUUUGCUCUUCAUCAACCAUGCAAUCUUGAUUGGUGGUCAAGGGCUGUGGUAGAAGAGAUGACUAGUGAGUCAGGGUGGCAUGAAGUAGGCAAGUGGGUCCUGAUGUAAAUGUCUGCUCCAGAAAGUCCCAACCAACCACUCGCCAGAGGCCAGGAUUCUGACUUCCCCAGCUGUAUUCAGUUCUUCCCUCAGCAGAGAGGAAUCAGGGGCAUGAGCUAACCCUGUCUGUCCAGCAGGAGGUAGAUCUCCCCACUUAGCUACUGUGCUCCAACCUGGCAAGCAGCUCAGGGCCUAGAGGUGUUGCCCAAGGUGUUAAACGGCCUCACAUCAAUCCUAAAUAACCAGUUCAGACUAGGCUAAUAUGUGAACAAAAUGAGAGCUACUUCAAACCCGGUAAUCAGUCAAGUCCAGAAGCAGCCAGGGUCACAGGCUUUAUCUUUUCUGCUUUUGGCCUCUAAAGUCAGCUGCAGUGGUCAUUUCACUGGCUGCUGUUAACACACAGCUUGGGAUUGUGGCUAGAAAAAUGGGAAGUGUUCACAACUGAAACUAAACAGGGACUCUUAUUAAACAAUGUGAUGUCUCCUGCCUCACCCCUGCUACUACCAGCAGGAAGUUAGGAAGACAAAUGACAAAAUGCUUGCCAAAGGAGGGCAGCAGAGCACCCCUCUAUCCCUUUACCCACCUGCUCACACUGGCAGACUGUGCCCUGUUUUAGAGUUAGUUAAGCUUAAAAAAUGGCUGAGGUAUCUUUAAGAACCUCCUUUAAAAACUAGUAAAGAUUGGGGAUGGUUAUUUUCCAGGGAGAUAAGAGAGCUGGGCAGAA